ACUUGUUUGACUGAUUGCUUCUCUGUUGCUCAGAGUUGCAGCCAUGUCUGACAAAAGUGAAUUGAAAGCAGAGUUGGAGCGCAAGAAACAACGCUUGGCUCAAAUCAGGGAGGAGAAAAAGAGAAAAGAGGAAGAAAGAAAGAAAAAAGAAACUGACCAGAAAAAAGAAGUUCUUCCUGUACAAGAAGAAUCUGACCUUGAAAAGAAGAGAAGAGAAGCUGAAGCAUUGCUUCAAAGCAUGGGGCUAACACCAGAGUCUCCUAUAGUCCCUCCUCCUAUGUCUCCAUCUUCCAAAUCUGUGAGUACUCCAAGUGAGGCUGGAAGCCAAGACUCUGGUGACGGUGCUGUUGGAUCCAGGACGCUGCAUUGGGAUACUGAUCCAUCAGUUCUUCAGCUUCACUCUGAUUCCGAUCUGGGACGUGGACCUGUUAAACUUGGAAUGGCAAAAAUUACACAAGUAGAUUUUCCUCCUCGAGAAAUUGUUACAUAUACAAAGGAGACUCAAACACCGGUUAUGACUCAACCUAAGGAAGAUGAGGAAGAGGAAGAUGAUGUUGUGAUACCAAAACCAUCAAUUGAACCCGAAGAAGAAAAAACACUGAAAAAAGAGGAAGAGGAGGAAGUUGCACCUCAUGAACUUACAGAAGAAGAAAAACAACAAAUUUUGCACUCUGAAGAAUUUUUAAGUUUUUUUGACCAUUCUACAAGGAUUGUAGAAAGAGCUCUUUCUGAGCAGAUUAACAUUUUCUUUGACUACAGUGGAAGAGACUUGGAAGACAAAGAAGGAGAGAUUCAAGCAGGUGCAAAACUGUCCUUAAAUAGGCAGUUUUUUGAUGAACGCUGGUCAAAGCAUCGUGUUGUUAGUUGUUUGGACUGGUCAUCUCAGUACCCAGAGUUGCUUGUAGCCUCUUAUAACAACAACGAAGAUGCCCCUCAUGAGCCUGAUGGGGUGGCUCUUGUUUGGAAUAUGAAAUACAAAAAAACUACCCCGGAGUACGUCUUUCACUGCCAGUCUGCAGUGAUGUCUGCUACAUUUGCAAAAUUUCACCCAAAUCUGGUGGUUGGUGGCACAUAUUCAGGACAAAUUGUGCUAUGGGAUAAUCGCAGCAAUAAGAGAACCCCAGUACAAAGAACUCCGCUUUCAGCUGCUGCUCACACGCAUCCUGUAUACUGCGUAAAUGUGGUUGGGACUCAGAAUGCUCACAACCUGAUUAGCAUCUCAACUGAUGGAAAGAUAUGCUCGUGGAGUCUGGAUAUGCUUUCCCAGCCGCAGGAUAGCAUGGAGUUAAUUCAUAAGCAGUCCAAAGCUGUAGCUGUCACUUGCAUGUCCUUCCCUGUUGGAGAUGUCAACAACUUUGUUGUUGGAAGUGAAGAAGGCUCCGUGUACACAGCAUGCCGCCAUGGCAGCAAAGCUGGAAUCAGUGAGAUGUUUGAAGGACACCAAGGACCAAUCACAGGCAUCCAUUGCCAUACAGCGGUUGGACCUGUUGACUUCUCUCAUCUCUUUGUCACCUCAUCUUUUGACUGGACAGUAAAGCUUUGGACAACUAAGAAUAAUAAGCCUCUCUACUCAUUUGAGGACAACUCAGACUAUGUGUAUGAUGUUAUGUGGUCUCCUACUCACCCUGCCCUGUUUGCUUGUGUGGAUGGAAUGGGGAGGCUUGAUCUGUGGAAUCUCAACAAUGAUACUGAGGUGCCAACUGCAAGCAUUACUGUGGAGGGGAAUCCUGCUCUUAAUCGUGUUAGAUGGACACAUUCUGGGCGAGAGAUUGCUGUUGGUGAUUCAGAAGGACAGAUAGUCAUAUAUGAUGUGGGAGAGCAAAUUGCUGUCCCUCGCAGCGAUGAAUGGACUCGUUUUGGUCGGACAUUAGCAGAAAUAAAUGCAAAUAGAGCUGAUGCAGAGGAAGAAGCUGCAACUCGCAUACCUGCAUAAGUCUUUCAAAACAGGCAGCACCCGUGGAUUUGGGAAUGAUUAUAGGUGUUAAGACUAAAGUUGUGCUUGUCCAAAUGAUGAUGACCUUGGGAGGGAGAUGUGGACUAAACUGUGGAUGUUGAAAAUGUAUCAAGAUCACUGAAAAGUAAAUCUUGCAAUGUCACUUUUUUAUACAUAAUUACAAGCACACUCUUGGAUUUGUAACUUUUAAUAGAGUUGACCUCAACUUUGCAAGGGUGUACUUUGCUGAAACACUAACACAGGUGUUAGACUGUUUGAAUUUUCCAAGUUUACACCAGUAUAACUAAAUCUGGAAAGUAGACCACCUGAGUUCUAUGUCUAAAUCAGACCUCCUGUAUGACACUGGCUAAUACUCAUUCACUAGUUUAAUCUCUGAAGGAUUAUAAUUGUUAGGCAAUUAGAACUACCCAUGGAAAUGCAUGCAUUUGUUCAAAGUAACCUUUUAUCCUAUUUCUUUCUUACAUAUAAUGGGCUCCAGGCUCCGGUAGUGGGUUAUAUAAAUGAAUGAAAGACUUCAUCUGUAAUCACUUAGACUUAUUUGACAAUAGAGCUUGUCUUUAUAGAGUACUACAUACAUAAUACUGUGUCUGGGGCUCUUCUGUUUGUUUUUUGUUUUGAAUAAGUGCAGUAAAGGGGAAAUGGCUUUAUAAAUAAAUGCUACCUGAGCUUUUAUCCUCAGCUCA